AUGGCAUUCGAUAGACUGGUUCGUUUCCAGGAUGAUGAGGGAAAGAUUCGGUACGGAAAUGUCCCGUACGAAUUCCCGAGUGAUGGGAUCAAUGGCACGAAAUUACAGAUUCUAAAAGGCGAUUUGUCUUCUGGCUUCUCAAAGGGCGACGGAACAGCCACUGUUAAAAAGUUACUUUGCCCCUUGGAAACCACCCCCAUCAUGCCAUGCAUUGGCCUAAACUAUGGACAGCAUGCAAAGGAGGCUGAUCUGCCAAUAGCAACCUAUCCUGUUGUAUUCCAGAAGCCUGCAGAUGCUCUGACCGGUCCAUAUGAUGAUGUGUUCAUCCAUGUGGAUGCCCAAUCCAAACUUGACUAUGAAGGCGAAUUGACGGUCGUUAUUGGCAAGGACGGUAAAAACAUACCUGAAGAUAAGGCAUUGGAAUAUGUAUUGGGUUACACAGCUGGCAAUGAUGUUUCUGCGAGGAACUUUCAACUGCCCCCAAAUUCUGGAGGGCAGUUUGGUUAUGCCAAAUCAUUCGAUGGUUUUGCGCCCAUUGGUCCUUGCAUAGUGUCGACUUCGAUCAUUCCAGAUCCUCAGCAAUUGGAUUAUGUCACCAAGGUGAACGGCGAGGUCAGACAGAAGACUCAUACCAGUGACAUGAUCUGGAACAUCAAGCAGAUUAUUGCCCAUUUGAGUAGAGGUACAACAUUGCGCAAAGGUACCGCCAUCAUGACUGGUACGCCUUCUGGUGUUGGUCUAUUCCUCAAGGACGGAUUCUUAAAGGAUGGUGACGUGGUGGAGGUUUCUGUCACUGGAAUUGGCGCAAUCAAGAACCGCAUGGUCUAUGAGAAAUAA